AUGUCCUAUUCGAGUAGUCUCACAGGGAAGGAGAGGUCGAGAUGGCCGCCUCUGACCCGCAUGCUGCAGUCCGGGGAGAUGACCGACGAAGCACCACGGGAGUUGUUCCUCAAAGAGAAGAUUGAUCGAUGGAUGGUGAACGAGGGAUAUCGAAGACUAUUCGUCUUCGUAUUUCUACUUCUACAUCUAAUGGUCUUCAUCUUCGGAAUGAUGAAUUAUGGCAUGACGGAUCGAUCCGUCAACGCUCGCGCCAUGUUAGGACUGACAUUCCCAAUAGCUCGCUCGGCGGCUCUCGUGCUUCACGUCGACAUUGCGCUGCUCUUGUUUCCAGUCUGCCGCAAUUUCAUCUCGAUGCUCCGGCGGACGCCUCUAAAUGGCAUCAUUCCGUUUGACAAGAACAUCACUUUCCACAAAUUGACUGCCUGGUCCAUCGUUUUCUUCUCCUGGGUUCACACCAUUGCCCAUUUGAACAAUGUUGCCCGAUUGGCGGCCUUCAACAAGAUUGGGUUCAAGGGAUUCAUCAAGCUAAAUUUUAUGACUGGUCCCGGAUGGUCCGGAUACGUCUUGAUAAUUACUCUCAUGCUCAUCGCUUGGACGGCCAUGGAGAAGCAGAAGAAGGCAAACUUUGAACGCUUCUGGUACACACAUCAUCUCUUCGUUGUCUUCUUUAUUUUCUGGUCCAUUCACGGCGCGUUCUGCAUGAUCAAGCCCGAUUUUGCACCCUUUUGCUCUGGUAUCGGCGUUUUCUGGGAAUACUGGAUGUUUGGCGGGUUCCUAUAUUUGGCAGAAAGAAUCUCAAGGGAGAUUCGAGGGCGACACAAGACCUUUGUCUCCAAGGUCAUCCAGCAUCCAAGCAAUGUUGUUGAGAUUCAGAUCAAGAAAGAGCACACCAAGACCCGGGCCGGACAGUACAUCUUUUUGUGUUGCCCUGAAGUCUCUGUCUGGCAAUACCACCCCUUCACUCUGACGAGCGCACCAGAGGAAGACUACAUUUCAGUUCACGUCCGAAUGGUAGGGAACUUCACCAAAGCUUUAGGCAAAGCUCUUGGUUGCGAAGAAUCUAGGAGGGGCGAUUCAAAGGGAGAAAAGGGGGCCGUGGUGAAGAGCAUCGAUGAUGAAGGACAAGCAACACUACGGAAGGUCCUUCCUCGCGUAUACAUCGACGGGCCUUUCGGAAGUGCAUCAGAGGAUGUGUUCAAGUUUGAGAUUGCCGUUCUCGUCGGUGCUGGUAUUGGCGUAACGCCCUUUGCAUCCAUUCUUAAGAGCAUCUGGUACCGUAUGAACUACCCCCAGGGCCGCACGCGUCUACGAAAAGUCUACUUCUUCUGGAUCUGCAGAGACUUCGGAUCUUUUGAGUGGUUCCGAUCUCUGCUCCUGGCUAUUGAGGCACAGGAUCUUGAGGACCAUAUUGAGAUCCACACAUACCUCACCGCCAAGAUCAAGGUAGACGACGCCACAAACAUCAUGAUCAACGACGCCAACGCCGAGCAAGACGCUAUCACCGGCCUACGCGCACCCACAAACUUCGGCCGCCCGAACUGGGACAUGAUUUUCAAGUCCAUCCGCAAGAUCCACGCACCCGCCGAAGCAGGCGUCUUCUUCUGCGGGCCCAAGCCGCUCGGCAGCGUGCUACACCAAAAGUGCAACAUGUACUCGGAGCCCGGCUUCAACUUUGUGUGGGGCAAGGAAAACUUUUAG